UACUAAACAGUCCCUGGAAAAGACCUAUGUGACUUUUCCAUUGGGACAGCGGGAGCGUGAACACGGCAGCUUCCUUAGAGCUCCACGCCUGCGCACUGCAGACUCUGAAGCCGCGGCGUCCUCAGCAAGGUAGGCGGGGACUAUCCGGGCAUCCGGGUCUCUCACCCCGCCCCCGCUGCAUGAAUGAGAGGCGCGGUGCCCGCCCCUCCCCCGUUGGGCCCGCCCCUCGCCUGGGGCCGCGGCUUGCAGUCUGCCGCCGCCACCUCCUCAGUCGCUCUCGGUGUCGACGGACGCUUGUCGCCAGCAGCCCGCCGUCGGGCGCUGACGGUCCCGCACGUCCUCCGCUGCUGCCGGCGCGCACGAAACUUCCAGCGCUAUGUUGAAUAAGAGUGGUGAGAGCAAAUAUCCUGCCUUGUUCCUGGUCUUAGGGGGUUUAUCCAUGAGAUCGGAUUUCCCACAUUACAACUUCAGGAUGCCUAAUAUUGGAUUCCAGAAUCUGCCUCUCAACAUAUAUAUUGUGGUUUUUGGCACUGCUAUAUUUGUCUUCAUCCUUAGUUUACUCUUCUGUUGCUACUUGAUUAGGCUAAGACAUCAAGCACACAAAGAAUUUUAUGCCUACAAGCAGGUUAUAUUAAAAGAGAAAGUAAAAGAACUGAAUUUACAUGAGCUCUGUGCAGUGUGUCUAGAAGACUUCAAGCCUCGAGAUGAGUUGGGGAUUUGUCCAUGUAAGCAUGCCUUCCACAGAAAGUGCCUUAUUAAGUGGCUGGAGGUUCGGAAAGUGUGUCCCCUAUGCAACAUGCCAGUUCUGCAGCUGGCCCAGUUGCACAGUAAGCAAGACCGUGGACCACCCCAGGGGCCCCUCCCUGGGGCAGAGAACAUUGUAUAGCUCACUACAGGGAUCAGACUGUUGCUGGAUACAAUGUCUACAUGGAGCCAGGAGGAAUACAAGCAGUCUCUGUAUUGGCAGCCCUCUACCUGAGGUACCAGCUGCCACUUCCAUCCCCUCAAUAAGAACUCUUGGGCCAGCCAAACUGGGAACCUAAGCAUCUGGGUCUGUGACUACCAAAGCACCACCCCCUGCCAAGAGGAAUGGAUGAACCUGUGGGUUUGUCUCAAACUCCCUGAGGGUCUCUUAUUAACUCCCUUACACUGUGUCCCAGACCCUCAUCUCCAUGUCAAGUAGAAGGGGAGAGAAACGAGGGGUAGAGAAGGGAGCUGAGGGCAGGUCUUUAAAGCCUUCAUCCUGUGGAUGGAUGAAGAUGAGCUUCUGUGCAGGCCCAUCCUGGCAGCCCUUGAAUCCAAGUAAAACCAGCACAACCGGCUGCCAGUGGUUGGUGAGGCAGUGCCAACAAGGCUCAUGUUAUGCUUCUUUAAGUCCAUCUUGGAACCAAAAGGUUUUGGGUAGAGCCAAGCAGCAGUGCCCCUCGCCACCCCUGUUCCCUUAAGAUCACAGCACCUGCUAUCAGAUCAUAAGCUGGAAACAUAGACAUGCUUGAAAAGGCCUGUUCAGAAGCCAUUUCCUCCUGUCAUUGCCCACCCACCCCCAGUCCCCAGGGAGGCCUGUCAGGAGCCCCAUUGUCCCUAUGUGACCCGGGGGACCCCAGCAUACUACCUAUAUCCCCAUAUGUGCAGUGUGGUUCCCACAUCACCUGGUCUGGGCCCAUUGCCUUGGGAGAGUGCCACUGUGAGCCAUUCCUAUGGCUCAGAAGAGGAGCAUCUUCCUGAGAGGGGUCCAUGCUCCCAGCCCUGCUCUUCCUGAGAGGGGCCCGUGCUCCUAGCCCUGCUGGGUGAGGAUGAUACUGGCCCUUUGCCUCUCCUUCUUCCCUCUUCUGCCCUCUGUUCCUCCUUAAAAUGUCUGUUGCUCACAUUUUAAGUUUAUCCCAAAUAAGAUCCCUAUAUAAUUCUGAAGCCAGUAGUCCAUUUGAAAUUGUUCAUAGUCUCAGGAAGCUCCUACAGGGCUGUCCACUCAUUGGUGUGUGCCUCAGUAUUUGGACUUGAGAUAGCAAACCCAAAAGCUUUAUGGGAGAAAAAUGCAUGCUGCUUUUUACCUCUGUCAGGCCUUUCUAGAAAUGACUCAGUCCAUUAGGAUUUGUGAAUAUUGUAUAAAUUAGCUAUGGAAAGCAGCAGUGGGUCAAAUAGAAAAUUAUUUUCCACAGUCUGGCUCUCCACCUGCCUCCAACAUAGGAAUGCCUCAACUGUGCAUCAGUGGCUUUCCUCUGGUCCAUAGGUGUAAAUGGGGCAAGUUUUUCAUUAGAAAUACUGUCUGUGUGACAUGGAAAGGACUGGGGAGGUUGGCUACUCUGGCAUGUCUCCAGAAGUUUUUCUACCAUCUUAGGAAAGGGAACCUGUCUAUGGCUCAGGUGGCUGGCUGGGAUCAGAUGAGGUGGAAAAUUCUCAUUAGCCUAGGAAAGUGCUGGGCAGAAUCCAGUUUGGAAAGUUACAAAUCCAGUUGGCCAAAACCGGCAGUUUCCUAUGUGACCUACUUGUGAUAUGCCAACUGGACAGCCUCCUAAACAGGACAAAAAAGUGUGGAAUAUUUUUAUAUGAAAGCUGUAGCCUAUCUGGCACUCAUAUAAAGAACUGUACAUGGAGCGGCGCCUGUGGCUCAAAGGAGUAGGGUGCUGGCCCCAUAUACCAGAGGUGGUGGGUUCAAACCCGGCUCCAGCCAAAAAAAACUGCAAAAAAAACCCCCAUACAUUCCUAAUUUCACCCUCUCUUUUGCACCUUUUGUGGCAUGGUAGAGUUCAAUGCUGCAAAAUACCCAGCUAAUAGUGAACUGUUUUCAAUGACCAAUGUCAGAAGUAGGCUUGCUUCUGACUAGCCUCAUUAAUAGCCAGUAUCUACUAUUUUCCAUAGAAUGGCCUUGGGCAGAUUUUACGUGUUAUUGGGGUUCCAAUAGGGAAAUUAAAUUUUUCCUCCUUAAAAAGAUUAAUUUCCUAUUAAUCUAUACUACAAAUCAUUGCUGCUCACAGCUUUUGUAGGAUUUCAGACUUUGCAGCCUUUUUCCCUGUAUGUUGGUAUCAAGGAGACAGCCUCACCCAGUCCCUGUGUCGGAACAGAGGCAAAUUAACUCAUCUCACUGUGUUAGAGCUACAGGUGAGCUAAGGUGACUGGUGCGCAGCACUAGACCUCUGCAUCAGAAACCAUUAGCGGAAAGCUCAGGAACUCUGUGGUCUGCACUGGACACCAUCUUGGGUUGGCUUUGCGCAGAUGAGGCGCCACUGACAUGACCAUCAUAGCAAAUGUUGAGUGUGGAGUGCUUGUACUCCUUUUGCUAAAACUGGGCAGGAAGCUAGAGCUGUAAGAAUACUCUUUUCUCUCCCCUUUCUUGGCUUGGUGACUUCGUACCAGGCCCAGUAUUAUUCAGUUUCUCCAACUCUUAAUGACACAACUUGAUUGUAUUUGCUUCCCACAUCUGGGUCCUCCACUAGGACUUUCCUGUGCCCGUGCACUGGUGUGUCUGCAGAAGCAGGGCUUUUAAUUUACAUCUUCAAUUCUCAUUAAAAUCAGCUUUUUGUUUGUAGGACAGUCCAUCCAGUUUGGGGAGUUUGAGAAUGAGUUAGAGAUCCCUAUGUACUCUCUUGGCUCAGAUUCAAACACCUCAGUGGGGCCAUCCUGUCCACAUCUAUCUCUGUAAGUUACUGGGACCUACUGGUAAUUUGUAGGGGACUCUGCUGUUGGAUCACUGGCUGGUAUACUUUCUUAAGCAACUCAGAAAAAGUGCACUGCUGUGAUGAGGGUUAGUGUAAAGCAGGGGUCCUCAAACUUUUUAAACAGGGGGCCAGUUCACUGUCCCUCAGACCUUUGGAGGGCCAGACUAUAGCUUAAAAAAAAAAAAAAAAACUAUGAACAAAUUCCUGUGCACACUGCACAUAUCUUAUUUUGAAGUAAAAAAACAAAAUGGGAACAAAGACAAUCGCACCACCGCAUGUGGCCCAUGGGCUGUAGUUUUGAGGACCCCUGGUGUAAAGUAACCCCUUAUAAGAUUCCUUGGGCAGCUGAAUCAUUUAUCUAGUUGUUGGAAGGGGACAGUUUAAUUCAGCUGGCUUUAGAAAUGGAGCGGAAUCAGCCUGACCCUUAAAUGUUAACGUGUGCUGCUUUUCUUUGCCAAGUGUGAUUUUAAGUCUGGCAGAUGAGGUGGUGCUUCUAAUGGAUUCUUGCCUAACCAAGGAAGAAAACAAGACAGAUACGACCCAGUGGGGGGCAUGUUGCCCCUGUGAAGACUUGGGUUGAGGGAUACAGGGGACCUCCCAUUAUUGCUAAAUACCCUAUUCUUGACAAAAGACAAAGAUCCUUUUCCCCAGCACUGAGCCUCUUAGGUCUAUCAGAGGAAUGCCCCUUUUCACAGGCCCACUUCAAAGCAAGACAUCUUCCUGGACUGAACCCACUCUAAGCUGCUUUGAAUGACUGUAGGAGUUACUUCCCUGAGAGGCUUUCUGGAAGUUACUAAGUGGACAUGGGGAAGUAUCAAGGCAGAACAAGCACCUGGAGUGAUGAGUCACCCCUUAGCCAGCCUUGCAACUUUCUGCAGCAUAGCUUCUCAAAACAGUUCCUUACACACCACUCUGGGAUUAUAAAACAAUGUCCUCCUUCCCACCUCUUUUGAGGAUUAGCCAAUGUCCAGAGCCGGGUGGGCAGCAGGCCUGGUGUCGUGGCAUUGUUGAUACCACAUACUGUCAUCCAGGUAUGAUGGCUUCUUCUCUGCUAUCAAGUACAAAUGGAAUCUCAGCUGAACAGACUUUUGAACUGCAGGAGCCUUCCCUGGGGGCUUGGGUUCACAUGGCUUUCCUCUCCUGAUCUUCCUAGUCACCUCAAUCUACAUUGCUUACAGUGCACUCUGACUUGGUGGCUCAAUGCUUGAGUAUUCCUGUCUUAAUUUUUCAACUAGGUAGUCCAUUCACAUGGUUCACAAGUCAUAAAGGGGUUAAAAGUCUCUUGCAUUCCUGACAGCCCCCACACACACUGGAAGCCCAGCUUCUCACCCCAUUUGUUCCUUGGAUAUCCUUCUAGCUUACUUAUGCAUAUACACACAUACAUAUGCAUAAUACAAUUUUUCUCAUUUUUUACUAGUGAUACUUGGUAUAUUCAAGGAACACCUACCUGGGCUGAGAGAUGCAGGGGACUUCCUACCACUGCCAUCCCAGACAUUAAGAGUAUCUGUAAAAUUCUAUGACUCAAGGAUUGGGAGAUGUUUUACAGUCACAUUUUAAGAAAGACAUGUUUACUGAUUGCAACAUAAUGGAAUUCUAAGUUUCUACACCAAUUAGAAACUGAAAUCCCGUGUCGCUUCGGCAGCACAUAUACUAAAAUUGGACCAAUACAGAGAUUAGCAUGGCCCCUGCGCAAGGAUGACACGCAAAUUCGUGAAGCAUUCCAUAUUUUAAAAAACUGAAAUCCCUGGGCGGCGCCUGUGGCUUAGUUGGUAAGGCGCCGGCCCCAUAUACCGAGGGUGGCAGGUUCAAACCCGGCCCCGGCUGAACUGCAACCAAAAAAUAGCCGGGCAUUGUGGUGGGCACCUGUAGUCCCAGCUACUCGGGAGGCUGAGGCAAGAGAAUCGCUUAAGCCCAGGAGUUGGAGGUUGCUGUGAGCUGUGUGAGGACACGGCACUCUACCGAGGGCCAUAAAGUGAGACUCUGUCUACAAAAAAAAAAAACUGAAAUCCCUCCAUUACUGCAACAUACCCAGCUAAUAUGAAAGCAAAAUCAUAUCUUUUCAGGUUUUUUCUAUCUGUGACAGGACACUCAAGAGCAGGCUACUCCCCCAGCUCUGAGCCACCACUACAGGUGCCUGGACAAACUGCUGUCUGGCCAAUUCCAAGUGAGGGCCGAGAGUCCAGUGGUCAAGUCUGGCCUCAACUAUCAGGCAAUUUCCUGUGCUCCUGAUGAGGCAGAUGCCUCAGCUACUGAGCUGGGAAGCAAACUUCGUGAUUAAUUAUAGGUACAACAGUGCCAGGUUUUGUUUUUUGAGGCAGUCUCUAUUUUUAGUAGAUGCUGGUCUGGAACUCUAGUGUUCAAGUGAUAAUCCUGAUUCACCUCCUAGAGUGCUAGGAUCACAGGCAUGAGCCAAAUUUUUUUUACAGAAUUUUCUUCUCACCUUUUUUCUACUUGAAAACAAAUUAUUUUAAUAAUUUUUAUUUUUUGUCCUCUAAUUGAAGCUGCUUUCCCCAGGCAGCCCCAGAAGCAAGGGGCUCACUCACCUCUCUGGCAUCCAGUGGCAGCCUAGGUCUUUACCUGGAUUAAAACUGUCCCCCAACCUGAAACUCAAAUUCUGUGUGUAAACCCACCUUUCCAGCAUGGAACCUCUGGCCCUAGGUUAGUGUAGCUGUUAGUCUAGACUUGUUCAUCUUGAGAAUUUCACAAAAUGUGCAACUGGUAACUUGGAAAGUGCUGAGUCAUGGUUCUUUAAAUGAGAUUAACAAAGGAUCCCAUAUACCACAUGAGUGGGCAUACCAGGAGAAAAACAGAGGGGCUUGUUCAGUAGAUCUUUUUCCAAUUUAGCUUUAGAGCCCAAAUUCUUACAAGAUAGUUUUAUUCCAUUUUUAGACCAAGUAUAAACACUCACUCCUGCAGCUGUAUGUUUAGGAAGAACACCUCUCCCAGCUCUAGGGAAAUGCUGUACCCGGAACCUGGGCCCCAACAAUGUCACACUCGGGGUUUGAUGAAGCCCUCAGCUCCUGUGCCAGUCCAAGCCUGCUUGGACUUGUGUAUCAGGCCUACUCCACACUGCUCCUCUCCAUCUGCCCCCUUCCUUCCAGUCCCUGACUAGAGCAGGUGAGGCAAGUGUAGCCAGUGUUAGAAGUCCCUCCUGGUGACAGCUUGUCAAGAGUGUUGCUGAUAGCUGUUGUCUCUUGAGUCUCUUGACAGAUCAUUGCCAAGAAGGGCAGCACUUCAGUUUUGUCAGUUAUCCUCUGGGGUUUAUUUGCUAGAUACUCUGAGUCCCUCAAAAAGUUUAUGAAAUGCUGAGCCUCAGGUUUCAUAGACGUAUUUGUACACUAAGAAUUCUGCAGCAGAAUAUUUUUAAACAUUCAGUUUUUGUAAGCUAUAUUUUUGUAUAUUUAAUUGCUAUUUUAAAGUUUUAAUGCAUUUUGCUAAUCACUCUUGUUUGAAAAUAAAAUAUGCAUGUACUUGACUUAAACACAUGUAAAUAUAAAGAUUUUGAAAAUACUUCAUGUUGAACAUGUACUUCUGAACUCAGUCACACACAGCACUUGCAGCAAGACUUUGACUCAAGGUGAGCAGUUCUGAUGACAGCUGGUUUUAAGUAACAGCUGACUAUGCAGGAGCCUCUGGCCUACCCUGUUCGGUGGAAUGAGGAGCCAAUCAGUGAUAGAAUGCCAGGCAAUGUCAAGAGAAUCCAGAGAUACCACAAAUGCUGAAUACAGUGGAGGCCACGGUGCUGGCAUCCCCAUCUCAACCUUCACUUCAGCUAUGCAGAUGUUGACACCAGUGCUCAGGACAAUUUGAAAUAGCUUGAUCUCUCUAUGCACCACACCAUCCUGAGGACUUGCCCCAUCCUCCUAGCUGUAUCCCACUUCUGGAAAGUAAGAAAAAUAUCUCUUGGUCCAAGUUAUCCUAUGGCUAUGGCCGCUGUGGACCCUGCAGAGAAAACAGGGCAAUGACAAAUGGAGGCUGAGUUUGCAGGUACCUCAGCAGCUGAAGGUGAAGUGACAGCUGGGACAAGGAUGUAGACAUUUCUGCACAGAGAUGGCCUUGGAGAUCGCAAAGUGGAGAAGGCAGUGUCCAGGGAUGGAACUCAAGGCCAGGACCAGCUAGGGUACUCCCUGGAAAUCAACUGUUCACUGGGGACAUAUAGGACUGAGCCUGAGGACAGGCAAUCUCGGCCAUCAGAGGCCAAGGUGGCAGAGACAAGUAGCCCGGAAGGCAGGACAGGCUAGAGGGGUCUGCCAUGUUAAAACUGAGGAAGUCGAGGCCCUGAAACAGCCCCCCAAUUCAGUAGUAUGGGAUUACUGAUGACCUAUCAAGAAUCCUCCCCUCAGCUGGAAGUGAGGAAAUGGGGCAGCUUCUCCAGCGGAAAGGUUCAUGGUGGGGUCUGGGAGGAGAAAAGCAGAGGCUGGAGAUGGGGGAGUUGGUGAUUUUCCCACUGAAGCCUUGGGGCCAGGCAGACCAGUGUUUAACUGCCCUCUUCUAGCUGAGUGGACUUGGACAGGUUUGCCCUUCUAGGCUUCAGUUUCCUUCUGUUAGGUUGUGGGAACUUGGGUCACAAUUCCCAAAUACAGUAAGCAAAGGCAGGGACAGGCCUCCCCCAGCAAUCUUCCCAGAGAUGGGGUAGUUGGGGUACAGAUUCUGAGAAGCACCUCUGUGGUGCAAGUGGGUAGAUGGUAGUCUUUGGUGGCCACUACAUGUGCUGGGAGCACAUAAGGACUCAGGGUUAGGUAUCCUCUGAGGUAGCUCUACCAAGAGCCCUCAAAGAACAGUAGCAGGAAACUCAUCAUCGUCCACCACCCUCCUGUUGCAUCUGUCUGCUGUGCCCACACAAGGCCCCAGUUCAGCAGCAACCACAUCCAAGCUAUGACAAGGCACAUGAAAAGCAGCUGCCCCUUGGAAAAUGGCAGUGGGUCAACCUCACAACCAAGUACCCACCCCCCCAAGGGUGGGAAAGGUACCUCUGCUGCCCCCAAAUGCAGCAGCCCCUCCCUAACACCCUACCCUCCCACCAAAAGAAACCCAGAGAGGGGUGGAGGGGAACAGCAGAACAAUGGAGUUUUCCUUGCAAAGGCCACUUUGUACAGGCUCUUCCUUGCCCUCAACAGCAAUGCAGGGACCAUUUAAGAUACAAAAUGGUGCACUCUUUCCCAGGAAUGAGAUUAUCCUGCACAGUAGCAAGAAAGGUUCAACCCCCUAUGGAGAUUCCAUUGAAACAUUCUGAGCAGACAACAGUGCCCCUGGAGUACCUGCCCCACCACAAACAAAUUCAUCAGUGAACACUUCAAUCCCUCCCUUCUCCUAAGCCUGAAAGAACAACUAGAGAUUUUCAGUGCUCCCUUGAAGAGAUGUCAGUUCUAGAAGCCCUUUUGUAUGGCAUUAGUCUUUGAAUUAUGCUUUUUGUACCAGCUUACCAUUCUUUCACCAGGUGAAUAAUCCGCCUUCUCCCCCUCCCCCC